CCUGGAGCCUCCUGCGCCGCCGAGGGGGCGGGCCGUGCAGCCUUUGUUGCCGCAGGCCGGGUCCCGACGCCGGAGCUGCGCGCGGGCCGGGCAUGUCCUGAGCCGGACCCGGACCGGACAGCGAGCGGACGGGACGGACGAGAGCGCGCGCGCGGGGUUCUCCCCCCCACCCCGGCGCCGCCCGCCCCGGCCAUGCCCGGCCGCCUGAGCGCCCGCAGCCCCCGCAGCCCCGCACGGCUGCGCCCCCUGAUCCUGCUGCUCUGCGCCCUGGCGCCCGGCGACCCCGGACCCGCACCAGGGCGCGGCGUGGACGGCCGCGCAGCGCUGGACAUCGUGCACCCGGUGCGCGUGGACGCGGGGGGCUCCUUCCUGUCCUACGAGCUGUGGCCGCGCGCGCUGCGCAAGCGGGACGUGUCCACACGCCGCGCCGCGCCCGCCUUCUACGAGCUGCAGUACCGCGGGCGCCAGCUGCGCUUCAACCUGACGGCCAACGCGCGCCUGCUGGCGCCUGGCUUCGUGAGCGAGACCCGCCGGCGCGGCGGCCUGGGGCGCACGCACAUCCGCGCCCGCGCGCCCGCCUGCCACCUGCUCGGCGAGGUGCAGGACCCCGAGCUGGAGGGCGGCCUGGCGGCCAUCAGCGCCUGCGACGGGCUGAAAGGUGUGUUCCAGCUCUCCAACGAGGACUACUUCAUUGAGCCCCUAGACGGUGUCCCGGCCCGGCCCGGCCACGCCCAGCCCCACGUGGUCUACAAGCGCCAAGCGCCUGAGAGGGAAACAGCGCUGGGUGACUCCGGGGCUCCAGGCACCUGUGGGGUACAAGCGUCUGGGGAGCUGGAGGUGCAGCGCGAGCGCUGGGAGCAACGGCACCGGCGGCGGCGCCCGCGGCGACUCCAUCAGCGCUCUGUCAGCAGAGAGAAGUGGGUGGAGACCCUGGUGGUCGCCGACGCCAAAAUGGUGGAGUACCACGGGCAGCCGCAGGUCGAGAGCUACGUGCUGACCAUCAUGAACAUGGUGGCCGGCCUGUUUCACCACCCCAGUAUCGGGAACCCUGUCCACAUCACCAUCGUGCGCCUGGUCCUGCUGGAGGAUGAGGAGGAAGACCUGAAGAUCACACACCAUGCAGACAACACUCUGAGGAGCUUCUGCAAGUGGCAGAAGAGCAUCAACAUGAAGGGAGAUGCCCAUCCACUGCACCACGACACUGCCAUCCUGCUCACCAGGAAGGACCUGUGUGCGGCCAUGAACCGGCCCUGCGAGACGCUGGGUCUGUCCCACGUGGCGGGCAUGUGCCAGCCACACCGCAGCUGUAACAUCAACGAGGACACGGGCCUGCCCCUGGCCUUCACCGUGGCCCACGAGCUUGGACACAGCUUUGGCAUUCAGCAUGACGGAAGCGGCAAUGACUGCGAGCCCAUUGGGAAACGGCCUUUCAUCAUGUCUCCACAGCUCCUGUACGACACCGCCCCCCUCACCUGGUCCCGCUGCAGCCGCGAGUAUAUCACCAGGUUCCUGGACCGAGGGUGGGGCCUGUGCUUGGAUGACUCUCCCAGCAAGGACGUCAUCGACUUCCCCUCCGUGCCGCCCGGGGUCCUCUACGACGUGGGCCACCAGUGCCGCCUCCAGUAUGGGGCCUACUCUGCUUUCUGUGACGACAUGGACAAUGUGUGCCACACUCUUUGGUGCUCCGUGGGGACCACCUGUCACUCCAAGCUGGACGCAGCUGUGGAUGGUACCAGGUGUGGGGAGAGCAAGUGGUGUCUGAAUGGGGAGUGCGUUCCUGUCGGCUUCCGGCCUGAGGCUGUGGACGGCGGCUGGUCCGGCUGGAGCGCCUGGUCUGUCUGUUCGCGGAGCUGUGGCGGGGGUGUGCGGAGCGCUGAGCGGCAGUGCACACAGCCCGUGCCCAAGUACAAGGGCAAGUACUGUGUGGGCGAGCGGAGGCGUUUCCGCCUGUGCAACCUGCAGGCCUGCCCCCCCGGCCGCCCCUCCUUCCGCCACGUCCAGUGCAGCCACUUUGACGCCAUGCUCUACAAGGGCCAGCUGCACACGUGGGUGCCCGUGGUCAAUGACGUGAACCCCUGUGAGCUGCACUGCCGGCCCUCCAACGAGUACUUCGCUGAGAAGCUGCGGGACGCCGUGAUUGAUGGCACCCCCUGCUACCAGGGCCAGCCGGGCCACGACCUCUGCAUCAACGGCAUCUGCAAGAACGUGGGCUGUGACUUCGAGAUCGACUCUGGGGCCGUCGAGGAUCGCUGUGGCGUAUGCCAUGGCAACGGCUCUACCUGCCACACCGUGAGCGGGACCUUCGAGGAGUCUGAGGGCCUGGGCUACGUGGACGUGGGGUUGAUCCCGGCCGGCGCCCGCGAGAUCCGCAUCGAGGAGGUGGCUGAGGCUGCCAACUUCCUGGCCCUGCGCAGUGAGGACCCCGAGAAGUACUUCCUGAAUGGGGGCUGGACCAUCCAGUGGAACGGGGACUACCAGGUGGCGGGCACCACCUUCACGUACGCGCGCACCGGCAACUGGGAGAACCUCACAUCCCCCGGUCCCACCGAUGAGCCUGUCUGGAUCCAGCUGCUGUUCCAGGAGAGCAACCCUGGGGUGCGCUACGAGUACACCAUCCACAGGGAGGCGGACGGCCACAGCCAGGUUGAGCCGCCCGAGUUCUCCUGGAGCUAUGGGCCCUGGACCAAGUGCACGGUCACCUGUGGCACAGGGAUGCAGAGGCAGAGCGUGCACUGCACUGAGCGACAGGCGGGGCCUGUGGACGAGAGACACUGUGACCCCCUGGGCCGGCCGGAUGACCGCCAGAGGAAGUGCAGCGAGGAGCCCUGCCCGGCCCGGUGGUGGGUAGGGGAGUGGCGGCUGUGCUCCAGCUCCUGUGGGUCUGGGGGCCUCUCCCGCCGUGCUGUGCUCUGCGUCCGCAGCGUGGGGCUGGAUGAGCAGAGUGCCCUGGAGCCCCCCGCCUGCGCCCACCUCCCCCGGCCCCCCGCCGAAACCCCUUGCAACCGCGAUGUGCCCUGUCCGGCCACCUGGGCCGUGGGGAACUGGUCUCAGUGCUCGGCGACGUGCGGGGAGGCCGCUCGGCACCGCAGCGUCCUCUGCACCGACAACACCGGCAUCCCCUGCGAUGAGGCGCAGCGGCCGGCCAGCAAGGCGGCCUGCUCCCUGCCGCCCUGCCCCCGGGCGCUGGACCCCGAGGGCUCAGGCAGCGGCUCCUCCAGCCGCGAGCUCUUCAAUGAGAUCGACUUCAUCCCCCCGCGCCUGGCCCCACAGCCUCUGCCCCCCUCGUCACCUGAGCUGGCCAGCAUGGGCAAUGCCAUCGAGGAGGACCCUGAGCUGGGCCCGCCGGGGCCUGUGUUUGUUGACGAUUUCUACUACGACUACAAUUUCAUUAACUUCCACGAGGACCUGUCCCACGGGCCCUUCGGGGAGCCCGACCCAGCCCUGCCGGGUGCGGGGGGCUGGACGCCCCCACCCCUGAGCAGUCCUGCUGAGCUCCCCGCAGGCACCCCCCUGCCAGCCUCAGAGCCUCCUGGCACCGAAAAGGAGGGGGCACUGGGAGACGGGUCCCCUGCCCCUUGGCCCAGCCGGGCUGUCCUCUCUCCAGCCCCGCCCUCAGAGCAGACCCCUGGGAACCCCCUGGUCAAUUUCUUACCAGAGGAAGACGCCCCUGCCGGGGCCCCAGACUUGGGGCUCCCCAGCUGGCCCUGGCCCCCUGCUUCAGUCGGGGGCAUGGAGACACCUGCUGCCCCUGGGAGCCGAAACAGGCUCCCGGGAGGUGGAGCCAGCCAGAGCCGGCCACCUCCUCCGCACUGGCAGGGGGCCAACGAGCUUUCCAAGGAUGAGGAGGGAGCCUUCGACUGCAGAGCAACCGGCCUGCCCCAAGGACCCUGCCCCACAUCGCCCCCUUUGCCCUCCCUCAGCACCAGCCACGGCCCCCCCAAUCCCGACGCAGGAGAUCCGUGGAAGGCGGGGACUGUGGCCUGGGAACCCGUUCUGGAAGGUGGCCUGGGCCCUGUGGACACUGAGCUGUGGCCCCCAGUUGGGGGAGCUCCUUCCCCCUCUCCUCCCCCAGCUGCUCUGCCAGUGACCUGGGGCAGGGACAGCCCCCCGGAACUGGGCACUCCCACCCCUACAGCCCCCUGGGACCUGCAGACCGCGGCCGUGCCAGGAACCUUCCUUCAGACAGGCCCCCCUGGCCUCGAGCACAUGUUUUGGGGCCCGGGCCCAGGACCUGUGGGCCAGCCGGGAGCCCCCGGCUCAGAGGUGCCCCCGAGCCCUGCGCCGCUGCCCACACCAGCUCGGGACAGUUCAGCCAACAGCAGCAGAGUCCCCGAGGCCCAGCCUCUGGAACCCGGCCUGGCCAAGGACCUGCCACCUGCCGGAAAUGCCAGCUGGGAGGUGGGCAGCUGGAGUGAGUGCUCCACCACCUGCGGGCUGGGUGCCAUGUGGAGGCCUGUGCACUGCAGCUCGGGCCGAGAGGAGGACUGCGCGCCCGCCGGCCGGCCCCAACCUGCCCGCCACUGCCACCUAAGGCCCUGCGCCGCCUGGCACACGGGCAACUGGAGUAAGUGCUCCCGCAGCUGUGGCGGAGGGUCCUCGGUGCGGGACGUGCAGUGUGUGGACACACAGGACCUCCGGCCACUGCGGCCCUUCCACUGCCAGCCGGGGCCUGCCAUGCCGCCCGCCCGCCGUCCCUGCGGGGUGCAGCCCUGCCUCAGCUGGUACAUCUCUUCCUGGAGGGAGUGCUCGGAGGCUUGCGGUGGGGGUGAGCAGCACCGUCUGGUGACCUGCCCGGAGCCGGGCCUCUGUGAGGAGGCGCUGAGACCCAACAGCACGCGGCCCUGCAACACGCACCCCUGUACGCAGUGGGUGGUGGGGCCCUGGAGCCAGUGCUCAGCCCCCUGCGGCGGGGGCGUGCAGCGACGCCUGGUCCAGUGCGUCAACACCCAGACGGGGCUGCCAGAGGGAGACAGCGAGCAGUGCGGCCACGAGGCCUGGCCAGAGAGCUCCCGGCCGUGUGGCACCCAGGACUGUGAGCUCACUGAGGCGCCACGCUGUGAGCGGGACCGCCUGCCCUUCGGCUUCUGUGAGACUCUGCGUCUGCUGGGCCGAUGCCAGUUGCCUGCUGUCCACACCCAGUGCUGCCGCUCCUGCCCCCCUCUGGGCCACGGAGCCCCCUCCCGCGGCCAUCAGCGCAUCGCCCGCCGCUGAGCCACCCCAGCCGGGCCAGGCUGCACGGGUCCGCCGACCCCCCAACCCGGACACACGGACCUCACGCCCGACCACGGGCUGCACCCCGAAGGUGCUAACCUGGCCUGCUGGUGGCGGGCUGGGGCCCCCUCCCCCAAGAAAAGGUAUUUUUUUAUUUUAACGGUUUGCAUAACCUUUAUUAUUAUUAUACAUAAACGAGCACCUAC